UUUUUUAAGAAGAAGAAGACGUAGGCUAACAGCACCAGCUGCUAGACGGGAUGGUAGCAAGUCAACCCGGGCAGGAGGACUGCUGCUGCUGUCGGAAGGCGGAGGCUCGCAGUGCUGCUGGUGCCAACGCAUUUGGAUAAGGCUUGUGUUUCAUCAUGCGGCGGGGAGAACACGGUCCACGGGCUUUCCAGGCCCCAGUGGAUGUCCAUGCCAGUGCAGAUGGCCAGGUUUACAUGUUCAAGAGAAGGCCGAAUGAGUCCACCGUGUCCUCAGAUGAUGAGGAGUUCAGUGUCAUGGAGAUGAGGCCACAGGUUUACCAAGAGCAGGAGCAGGACAGACUGAGGAAUGUCCAGCUGCUGGAGCGGGAGGUGUUAGACGGUGACAAUCUCAACAAGCUGGCACUGCAAUAUGGCUGCAAGGUGGCAGAUAUAAAGCGUUUGAAUAACCUCAUGCAGGAACAAGAUUUAUUUGCACUGAAGUCUAUCAAAAUACCUGUUCAGAAACACAGCUUUUUAACCGAGACUUGCACAGACCUAAGUGACCCUCAAGAAGAAAUGCCACAUUCAUCAUCAGCUACGCCAGCGAAGCCUCAGGACAAAGCCAGAGCCCAGCCACAUCUACAGGAAGUCACGGACUUUCUAAUGGAGGUGGACCACGAUAUAGAGAAACUGAUUCAGACCACGAAUGAUCAAGAUGAGGAUUUUUUGGAUAACUCAGAGAAACGGCAAAGGUUUGGUUUCAGAGGACAACGCCUGACUGGCCACGGUGCAGAUUGGGGCAUCCAGUGGUGGAACGCUGUAGUCGCCAUGCUCCUGAUAGGCAUCGUCCUGCCGUUGUUUUAUGUCAUUUAUUUCAAAACAAAAGAUAAUGGAAUAGUUUUACCGACAGAUGGUAGCGGUGGUAUGCAGUCAUCCAAUACCUCAGGGACACACCAUAAUACAGGAGAACGGAAGACUUUUCAAGAACCAGGAUAGUGCAGAUUUGAGUCCCAGAAAACCAGAGUAAUUAUAUAAGACAGUUGGGUUAGAUGGUCUCUGAAGUACGUGACAUUCAAGAUGAAGCCAAAUUUCUUCACAUCUCUGUGCAAUACCACCAUGUCUCUAGUUUCCAACAGUGAAUUUUAGCUUUUAGUUCUGUGACGCUUGACUCAAAUACUUAAUGAAUCAUCUUGAAGUGAAGGUAAAUCACUGCAAACUCUUUGUGACAGUUUAGGACACUAACAUUUGAUCUAACCGCUUUUAUAUAGAGUAUACUUUCAUGAAAUGUUACUCUUGAUACUGUUGAUCAUUCAUUUGCUUUGGAUUGCAGUUCCUCCGCUACUGUUGAUAUUUCUUUGUCGGUUUUACCACAACCUGCCUAUGCACCAGUGCCUGUUGUCAGCAGUCAUCAACGCAUCUAGUGACAUAUCAGUGUUAUAUAUCAGGUAUCUAUUGCAAUACAGUUAAUAUAUUUUUAAAUUUUUGCCUAAAAUCUAAUGGGAGAUGAAUUUUUAUUCCCCUAUUGCCAAAACUGUGUGAGGUUAAACUAUAUUUGAAAUGAGUUUGAGCAUUAUUUGUGUGCCUUAUUUGAUGUAACUUAUUUUUUGCAUCUGUGUGUUUAUUGUUAAAGUGAUAGUUCUGGUAUUUUGAAGUAACUUUGUAUGACGUACAAUGAUGCAUAGUUGGUGUAAGGUCGGCGCAGCUUUGGAGAAACACAAAUCCCAGCACAGAAGCAGAGACCUAUGCACUGAUCUUAACAUCCUUAUCAUUUAAUUGUGAGCCAUAUUUAGAUUUUCACCACUUUUUUCAGCCUUUUUCAUCUGUGCUAACUGUAGAACUCAUUGUAUUACACCGCAGAUCAGCUGUUUGGAUCACACAGCCAUAAAAAACACAAGCAUGUCCCUUCAUUAGAAAAGUGAAGUUUGAUUUCAGUCUGAUAUUUUCAGUGUAGUGUAAAGUUAAACAUAUGUUAAACACUGCCGUCUACUGGACUAACUGCAUAAGAACCUCAUACAACCGCACUUCAAAAUACUCAAACUCUCCUUUGAGUUAUUGCCAUGUCCAUCAUGCCUUUUCUCUGGGUCUGAAUACAGCGCCAAACGUGUAAACUGUGUUUACAGUCCGAAUUUGGUGCAAGAUAUUUGUUAUUGUUUCAACUUGACACCUCACCAUCUUCAGAAUACAAGAUGUUGCAUUGUACAAGCUCCCUGAAUUAGUUAGUGGGAUAUUAGAAAGUGCCUUAAACCUUCCUUGUCAGAGUUAUAUAGUAUUGCAUAGUCGAUCUUACAUUGUUUGAUUGGUACUUAAGUCCACCAUGAACAGAUGGUGAAUGUGUGAGUGUUUUUCAAUGCACUUUUUAAAGUCUGAAGUAUUUUAAUUUAAUGAAACUGGGAAUGUCAUUUUGUCGACGGAUUUUUCAAACAUUGAAGUCAGUUUGUAAACAAUUUUAGACAGAAAUUUUGAUGGAUGUGCAAGAAUGGUUUUAUUCAGCAUGUUCUUUGAAUACAAACUUUACAGUGUGAAAGUGUC